UCGCGAUCGGGGACGUGGAAUUCCCGGCGCGGGUCUCGAUCAUUGUGUUUCGACGUUCGAACGUGAGAAUCGCGCGACGAUCGAUUUGAUGUCUUCUGCCGAUCGCGACGCGUGUAUGGAUCGUGAAACGUACAUCGGAGAAAGUGGCGGUUCGAUGAUCGAGAAAGGUUACGCUAGUCACGAAACGCGGUUACCGGUUUGGGCAGAUUGUCCUUAUCAGUGAUACACGCUAUCUACGCGAAUGAUUGUCAUUCGGCCCACGAAAUACUUAUGCUCGUCAAUUACGACGGUAUCACUAAGAAUAAUUGCCAUUCUUAUUCAUCGGUUACGAAACAUGUGUUAGCAAGGUUCGCGUCAGUAUCGAGAAGCGACUGCCACAGAGAACAUUGUCUUGCUGUUUCGUUGCUCUGGAGAUGCACAGGAAGAUGUCCGGGACCGUGAACUCAGCAUUCGAGGACAGCGAGCUGAACGUGCUGGAAACUGGUCGGUGGAUCGAUGAAUCGACCAAAGACAAGGAAACGAGAACCAAGAAUGAGUCAAUCAAUUGUUUAGCAGCUGGGUACAACACAUUGAAUAACUUUCUGUUAAAGCAUUCUAGGAUUUGCAAAUUAGUGUUACUGGCUCUAUCGAACGCGCUUGUACUGAUCUACUUUGUUAUCGCCACUCUGUAUUGGAGGAACCACAAUAUCGAGAAGGGACUCAAUUGGUGCAACGGUUAUGGAAUGUUAAUUCUUCUAUUGGUGGUUGGGUAUGGCGGAGUACUUUAUAGUUCCAUUUUGAAACGUAUCCUCCGGAAGAUACUCGUUCGAUGCAGUCAGCCGUUCCGCCAUCUUGUAAAAAGUUUACAAAGAACCAAGUAUGGUAACGUCGCCUGUCAGACGGUGAUUUAUGCGUGUAUUUUUGGUGCUAUUAUAGUCUUUCUAAUUUUCGAUACGACCGACUCGAGGGAGAGGUUGGUAAGCGCCAUCGGUAUCGUUAUCUUGAUUAGUUUCGGAUGGAUAUUCUCGAAGCAUCCGAGUCACAUCAAAUGGAGGCCUGUUUUGUGCGGAUUGAUUCUACAAUUCGUCUUUGGCCUCAUAACGAUCCGAUGGGUCGUCGGGCAGGCGAUAUUCCAGUGCAUAUCCGAGAAAGUGACGACGUUCCUGAACUUCGCCAAAAGCGGUGCCAGUUUCAUCUUCUCCGAACAGCUGGUCAACGACGGGAUAUUCGCGUUCGCCACCCUGCCAGUGAUCUUCUACUUCAGUUUCUUCAUCCAAAUCCUCUACUACCUGGGCGUCAUGCAAUCGAUCAUUUUGAAUUUGGGUCAAGCUCUGCAGAGAUUGAUGGGGACGUCGAUCUGCGAGUCUGUGAUCUGUGCUGCCAACAUCUUCAUCGGAAUGACAGAAUCCCCGUUGCUCAUCAAACCCUACCUGAACAAGUUGACUACCUCGGAAUUACACACUAUUAUGUGUUCAGGAUUUGGAUCGGUGUCAGGAACUGUGCUGGCGGCUUAUAUCGGGUUCGGUGCAAACCCGGCUCACUUGAUAACGGCGUCCCUAAUGGCAGCACCGGCGUCUCUCUGUUACUCGAAACUAUUUUAUCCGGAGACAGAAAAGUCACCCAUUUCGCACGACGACAUUAAACUGGAGAAAUCGGACGACGCCAGUUUCAUGGACGCCGCUAGCAAGGGUGCACUGGCGGGGAUUCCCCUGGUUAUGGGCAUAAUCGCUAAUAUCGUCGCAUUCGUGUCUUUUAUCGCGCUGCUAAACGCGCUGCUCUCUUGGUUAGGCAUGCUGGUCGGUUUCGAUGGUUUGACUUUCGAAUUUAUAUUGUCGAAAACAUUCAUGCCGUUGAGUUGGAUAAUGGGAGUACCCUGGGACAAAUGCGAGGAAGUCGGGACUCUGAUAGGUCUGAAAACUGUCGUAAACGAGUUUGUCGCUUAUCAAAAAUUGGGGGAGUACAAAAGGCAGAAGAAAAUUUUUGGUAGGACCGAAGCGAUCGCUACGUACGCGAUCUGCGGAUUCGCGAACCCUGGAUCUAUAGGAAUCACGCUUGGCGGGUUGUCUACGUUGGCGCCUGACAGAAAGGAACAGAUCUCUAGCGCUGUGUUGAGAGCUUUCAUAGCUGGCAGUGCUGUGAAUUUCCUUACUGCUAGCAUCGCUGGAAUGCUGAUAGCCGAUCCUCCUUUCGAUGCAGUUAACGCAACAAUGGCAUUGAAUAUGUCUGUUGCAAAUGGCAGCUGCAACAGCUGUUAGUCGAACACAUCAUGCCUUAAAUUUGACGAACACCAUUAUUUAUUUCUUCUGCAAAUUAUUCAUGUAAAUACACAGCUGCUCCUUCCCACCGCGUCAUUUGACUAUCGUUUACGUCUACGUGAUAACGUGACACUUGUAUCUACAGUAGCGGCCAUUUAUAUACUUACGUGCAAGUAGUAUUUUUAUUUCUAAAUUGUGUAUAUUGGCCUGGGAAGCUUAUGAAAAUAUCCAAUCUAUAUUAUUAUUAGCACAGACGAGAUAUAUGAAUAGACCUUUCACCUUAUGGACUUU